UAACUUGUAUUUUCCAAAAUUUUGGUAACCAAAACCAUACACGGUUACCAACAACCAUUACUGCUGUCAAUUUUGAUAAAAGUUUUAAAUAAUUAAAGAUUUUAAUUAAUGCUUGACCAACACGUCUAAUUUCUAUUAACACCGCAAGUAGGGUAAUAUGGGGGACAGCGGCAUUUGCAAAAUCAAGCCCGAAUUUAUUCUCACAGAACGUCCAAGAGAAUUGGCAUUAGAGUGCGUUUCUGAUAAAGACAAACGCAAAUUGGCCGAAAACGAUGAGACACCGCCCGAAAAAAAACCCAAAUUAUCAAAAAGCGAAAAGAAAAAAUUACGGGGUCAGAAUAAAUCGCGCGGUCCUACUUUUAGGUGCACCCGAGAGACGGAAUUAUGUAACACUUUGAUUAACUUAAGUAUUGGCGAAAAGGCGCCGAAAUGUGAACGCAAAAAUUGCCAGUUUUUGCACGACGUUGACGAAUAUUUGAAAAUCAAGCCAAAAGAUAUCGGAGAGAUUUGUUACAAUUAUGAAACUUUCGGACGGUGUGGCAGAGGUCUGGCUUGUAGGUUUGGUUCUAGUCACAUUGACCAAGGCCGAAAUAAAAUCAAUUCGGAAAAAUUGGUAGAAACAGCGCAAGCAAAAAAUCAGUUAACGCACGAACUACAAGUCGCGUUACGCAAACGGACGUAUAAUUUUGACUUCGCCGAGAGUUUAAUUAAAUUCAAUGACAAUAAGAAAAGUGUAAUUAUUUUGUACUACUUUUACUCGUUUUAUUUAAAUUUGGGUGUUUAGGACGAUAAUAAAACAAGUGGGGCCAUUAGUGAUGAAGACUUGAUUAAAUUGACUCAACGAGAAAAAAAAAAAAUCGACUGGAGGGACAAACUAGUCUUGAGCCCUUUAACAACAGUUGGCAAUUUACCGUUCAGACGAAUUUGUAAAGAAUUCGGGGCUGAUGUAACCUGCGGUGAAAUGGCAAUGUGUUCUUCGCUUCUGCAAGGGGCCCCUCAGGAGUGGGCCUUGGUGAAGCGCCACCACAGUGAGGACAUUUUCGGGGUUCAAUUGUGCGCAAACAACCCGCAUUUGUUGACCAAGUGCGGCCAAGUGUUGCAACAAGAGGCCGAAAUUGACUUUAUCGAUCUAAAUCUAGGGUGUCCGAUUGAAUUAGUGUAUAAAGAAGGGGGCGGUUGUGGGUUGUUAAGACGCCAAAGAGUUUUGGAGUCCUGUAUUAAAAAUCUCAGCCAGUUACUGACAAUUCCAAUGACUGUCAAGACCCGAACUGGGGUUUAUAGUAACGAAAAUUUGGCGCAUAUUUUGGCCCCGAAAUUCCGCGACUGGGGGGCUAGCCUUAUCACAAUUCAUGGACGCUCGCGUGAGCAGCGUUACACCAAACUCGCCGACUGGACCUACAUCAGACAGGUGGCCCAGGCGGCAGCCCCUUUGCCGGUUCUAGGCAAUGGCGAUGUUUUGAGUUACGAAGACUACAAAAUAGCACGUGAGACGUGCCCCGAAUUGGCGGGGGUCAUGAUCGGGCGGGGGGCCCUCAUCAAGCCCUGGAUUUUCACCGAAAUUAAGGAACAAAAAUUGUGGGACAUUAGCAGUUCUGAACGUUUCGAUCUUUUGAAAAAGUACACAAAUUACGGCUUGGAACAUUGGGGUUCUGACAAUAAAGGGGUGGAAAACACGAGACGCUUUUUAUUGGAGUGGUUGUCGUUUUUGCACAGAUAUGUUCCGGUGGGUUUGUUGGAAAAACCGCCCCAGAAAAUCAACGAGCGGCCCCCUUUCUACCAAGGGCGGGACGACCUUGAGACGUUAAUGGCGUCCACGUCGGCCAGCGAUUGGGUCAAAAUCAGCGAAAUGCUCCUAGGGCCUGUGCCCGAAAAUUUCCAGUUUUUACCCAAACAUAAGGCGAAUUCUUACAAAUAAAUUUUUGAAAUUG